UUACUUGUAUAUGUGUGUUUUUUUUUCAGCUAUACCUCAAGAUGCUGUACCAGUACCACCACCCACUGUGUCGCCUUUGUCAACGUCACCAAAACCCAUUGUAAAUGUGGAUAUUCAAUGCAACUUUGAAAAUGCUAGUCGGCCUAUAUGUGAUCUUAAGCAGGACACAGGUGACAACGUUGGAACAUGGGCACGAGUAAACGCCUCUGAUCCGCCAUCAUCCAAUCACCCAAUAUCUGACCACACUGUUCGCAAUAGUUCUGGCCACUACAUUGCUGCCUUACGACAUACAAAUGAUGACAGCAAGGGAGAAGUAACGGCACGGUUAAAAACUCCCACUUUAGAUCCUAAUCUUGACUAUUGCCUUACCUUCUUUUUACACCAUGUGGGAGACAGCCCUCCACCUGUGGUUGUUAAUGCUGAGGUUACGACAUCAAGAUGUCCAAGAAAAGAUGACCUGUCUUGUUCAUUCACUGAAGGGCUUUGUGGAUUUAGGCAAGAGGAAGUUUAUGAUAACAUAGACUGGAUUUGGCAUGAUGCCAAUGGGCAUGAUGAUCCUUACCUGCCUGAUGAAUCCAAAGCUCAUGAUUAUUACGUAUACCUCAAUACAUCUGCCCCAAAAGGAUCUAAGGGAGUCCUCUAUACUACCAAUUAUUGGUUAACAGAGCCUCACUGCCUAACAUUCCAAGUCCACAUGCACUCUGAGAUGGGCCAGGAUGCUGCUUUGAAUGUCCUUAAUAUUGGAGAAGGAAAUAUAAAGGAUGGAGAGCUUCUUUUGCAUGCCAGAGAAGAUUUUGGCUCAGAUUGGGUCACAUUACAGCUUAACUUGGAGCCAUCACUGAAGCCCUUCCAUCUAGCAUUUGAAGGCAUCAUGGGUAAUCACAUGAAUGGUGUGUACUCAACUUUUGCCCUUGAUGAUGUGAAAUUGACCCCUGGAAUGUGUAACAGUCCUGCAUCAUGCUCAUUUGACAGUAACCUGUGUUCUUGGUAUUCUAAUGAGAACUUAGGUGAUGAUGAGUGGCAAUUUGCUGGUCCAGGGGAGGUAUCCAUUAACACCAGACCUUACUCAGAUUCUACCCAAAGAGAUAACUUGGGAGGAUUUGUGUUUAUUGAAGCAGAUGAGAACCUGUCAAAUAACAGAGCAUGGCUUAUGAGUGAAAGACUGCCACCAAUUGUAUCAGCUGAACGUUGUCUGACUUUUUGGUACCACUUGUAUGGGGCAGAGGGCACUAAGUUGUCAGCACUUAUGUAUGAUCCAAACUCUGGCUCACUUACUACAUUAUGGAAGCUCUCUCCAUCCACUCCCAUAUGGGACCCAGGCUGGCAGUAUGCUGCUGCCCCAUUCUCUGCUUCAUAUAUUCAUCAGGUCAUCAUGGAGAGUGUGAUGGGGACGGGAUUCAUGGGUGAUGUUGCUGUGGAUGACAUUGUUGUAGCAGCUGAUGGAUGCAUCAUCCAACCAAGUGAAGCCAAUAAUGGGGUCAACUACACUACACCGGUCAUUCCUACGUCUGAGCCAGCUACCAGUGUGCCCCCUGGACUUUAUGACUGCUACUUUGAUGAAGACCUCUGUAUAUGGAAGAGUGAAGCAGGAUCAGUUUGGUGUGAAGUUUUAAUAUGGCAGGAUUUUGCUUGGAAUCGUUGA